CUCGGCCGCCGCCCGCUCCCGGCGCCCCAGCGCGGCACGCGUGCCCAGGCCCGCCGGCGCCAGAAUCAGUGAGGUUGGAAAAGACCUCAGAGAUCGAGUCUAGAGUCUGGGACAGAGCACCACCAUGUCAACCAGACCGUGGCACUGAGUGACAGAUCCAGUCUUUCCUUUAAACACCUCCAAGGUUGUCUUCUGAAUUUUGUGUCUGAAGGUAUCCUCUUGCUUUCUCAGCAAAUCAUGGACAUCGUUGGCUUUCUGAAGUCGCAAUUCAUUUGCCACCUUCUGAUCUGCUACAUAUUUAUAGUGUCAGGACUGAUCAUUAACUUCAUUCAACUCUUUACACUUAUACUUUGGCCAAUCAACAAGCAACUGUUCAGGAAGAUCAACUGCAGGCUGGCUUACUGCAUUUCAAGCCAGAUGGUGAUGUUGCUGGAAUGGUGGUCAGGCACCGAUUGCACCCUUUACACUGACCCAGAGAGUUACCACAAGUACGGGAAGGAGAAUGCCAUCGUAAUCCUUAAUCACAACUUUGAAAUUGACUUUCUCUGUGGUUGGAACUUUUGUGAGAGAUUUGGGGUCUUGGGGAGUUCCAAAGUGCUUGCAAAGAAGGAGCUCUCCUACAUGCCUAUCAUUGGCUGGAUGUGGUAUUUCCUAGAGAUAGUUUUCUGCAAGCGCAAGUGGGAGGAAGAUCGGAAAACUGUGGUGCAGAAGUUGCUCAAUCUCCGGGACUACCCUGAAAACUUUUGGUUCCUGAUUCAUUGUGAGGGCACAAGGUUCACAGAGCAGAAGCACCAGAUCAGCAUGAAGGUGGCUGAAGCCAAAGGUCUGCCCAAGCUCAAGUACCACCUCCUGCCACGAACAAAAGGAUUUGCUGUCACCGUGCAGUGUUUGAGAAAUGUAGUUUCUGCAGUCUAUGAUUCUACCCUUAAUUUUAGAAAUAAUGAAAAUCCAACAUUGCUGGGAGUUCUAAAUGGAAAGAAAUAUCAUGCAGAUUUAUAUGUAAGGCGGAUUCCUCUAGAGGAUGUCCCAGAAGAUGAGCAGGAAUGUUCUACCUGGCUCCACAAACUGUAUCAAGAAAAGGAUGCAUUCCAGGAGGAAUAUUACCGCACAGGAACCUACCCAGCAGUCCCGACAGUACCACCCCGUCGGCCAUGGACACUUUUGAACUGGCUUUUCUGGGCCUUAUUGCUGCUAUAUCCUUUGUUCCAGCUGCUCAUCAACAUGAUCAACAGUGGAUCAUCACUGACACUGGCUAGUUUUGCAUUUGUCAUUAUAAUAGCUUCUGUCGGUGUCAGAUGGAUGAUUGGGGUUACGGAGAUUAACAAGGGCUCCACCUAUGGCAACAAUGACAGCAAGCAGAAACAAAAGUAGCCCCUUCAGAGACUGCUUCAAUCCAAAGGGAACAAAUGCAACUGUCGAAAACUCUUAAGUGCAUAUCACGGUCCUUCAAGUGAGAUCUGAGGAUGAGUAAUUGCCGUGCAUAUCUGAAUUUGUGCUCCUGUUGUUUUUCUGUGGGGUUUGGGCUGGAUGACACGCUGGAAGGAUGCACUCCUUCCUAUACUCUCAACAACAGGUUUGCACAUGUGUGGUUGGUUUGUUUUCCUAUGAAGUGUCUUAAGUUUUGAAGGAAAAAAAAUUCCAGUGUGCUUGUAUGAAGAGACUCUACCUGGAAACUAACUAGAGGUGCAAGCUUUAAUGUCAGAAGAUUGUUACAAGAUGAUUAAACUUGAUAGUUGUGUAGCUCACACAGUUUAACAACCAUAAUCUGUUAGUGUUUAAGCACAGCACAGCAGGAUGCUGUGCUUGGUUAUAGCAGUGUUGGACUGAAGCAGCUCUGCAGAGCUGGCAGAGCUGCAGAGUUUUGUACAUGCAGAACUGUUCCCACAGCGUGCACUACAUGGGCCCUUCAGAGCUUCAGCCAGACCCUGCCUGGACAGCCACACAUCAGAGCCUGGCAGCAGCAGAACCUGGAUCACAAUUUGGCUUUGUGGCCUGAGCAGAGCUGAGUUACCACUGCCCUCUCUUUCCCCAGGCCAUACAUCCCAAGGAUAGCUGAAACCUCUAAUUCUUCAGAGUAAAUGUCAUUUUUAGUUUGGAAAACUUGAAGUAGUAAAAAUCCUUUUGGCUUUAAAUGCUACUUAAAAUUCUAGGCCAUCCUAACAGUUUUGGAAACAAAAUAACUGGGCAUGGUGUAGUGAAAUAAUGCAAAGUGUGCAUUACAGAAUAUGCCCCAUGCCCAUACUGUUGUGAUCCUAAUUAACCUGCUUGUCUGUCUUUUCUGAUAAAUUAGUUUACUUGGUGCCUCAUAACAGCCAGCCUGAAGUAAUAGUAAAUUAUUUUCUUCUGGGGAGGAGAGGGAACUAGGAGAGAGACCUAGGACAGUCGGUAUGGCUGAUUUUUUUUGAUGUCUGUCUUGAUUUGACACUCUUCUGAAUUAAAUAAAACUAGAACCAAGCUCUGAGGAAAGGGGGGUUGCUCUGAUGUUCGUGGUACUGAUCUCAGGACUGCCUCCUGUUUUUAAACUUCUAGAGUUAAGGGUCUGCAAGUUACUAGAAAUAACUUGUUUAAAGCAGAAAAAAAAAAAAAAAAAGGAAAGGAGGGGACAUUAACUAACAGCAAAUAUGAUUGGAAAAAAAUCCCAAUUUUUUGAAGUUUACAGAUCCCGACACUGAGCAGUGGAGGUUGUGAUUGGCACUUUCAAAGACAGUCCAUCUUCACUUGGCAUAGAGCUAAACCAAA